ACCCUUUUUCUUCCACAACCAUUCUCUUAUCUUCUUCCUCUCAACUCAACACAGAGAGUGUUUAGCGAACAAAAGAAAUAAACAAAAUGGCAUUGCAGGCACCACCUAGCCUUCACACCGUCAAUGGCAAUGCUGGCCUGAGACGACCCUUGAUGAAUCCUUCUUCUUUUUCUCUAAAGUCAUCUUUCUUCUCUGGUUCCCUCAAUUUCUAUCUUCAUCCCAAUCACCUCCAUCUUACUUCAGCUCCACCCAGGAUUUCCAUGCGUGUUGCUUCCAAACAGGCCUAUAUCUGUCGAGAUUGCGGGUAUAUUUACAAAGACAGGACUCCCUUUGAGAAGUUGCCUGAUAACUACUUCUGCCCUGUUUGUGGUGCUCCAAAACGAAGAUUUAGGCCCUAUGCACCGGCUAUCACUAAAAAUGACAAUGACACAGCUGUUAGAAAGGCACGAAAAGCAGAAUUACAGAGAGAUGAAGCAGUUGGGAAGGCACUUCCUAUUGCAAUUGGCGUGGGAAUUGCAGUGCUUGCAGGAUUAUAUUUCUAUCUGAACAGCCAAUACUAGGCAGAAUGAAUGUUCGAUUCCAGUGCCCUUUAACGUGGGGUGUAGUUUGUUCCCGUUCUUUCCCUUUUCUUUUUGUUCAUUCUGUUGAAUGCAUCCAGAAUGACCAUACAAUAAAUUGUACAAUUAUUUUGAGAGAGAAGAAUGGUCAUGUUUAUCAACCUUAACGGGUGAAGGAUGCAAUGUAGUUAGACGGGAGAAUAUAUUUAUUUACUUUGUUGCCACCUUACGUGAUAAGAAACAUUUUAUAUAUA